GUGUAUAAAUUCUAAGGUGGGAACCUGGAACGACAAAGCGCUGGGGAUCUGGGUAGAUUUGGGCUACACAUAUCUGGUCGGUCAGGAAGCCUCAAAGCCCCUUAGAGUAAGUCAGAGGUUCAAAACUAUCCCCUACACAAGGGGUAGAACAAGUGCGGAAUUCGGCGUUCGAGCUGCAGAAACCGUCAAGGCAGUACUAGGAAGUGAGGCUCGGAAACACCUAACUACCUCACUUCCUUGAGAAGCAGUCUGGGGAAAGAUGGGCAGACUGUCGUCACCAGCUUCACGUCAAGGCAGGAAAAGUGGCAACGAUGGCGAUAGAAGGGAUAAAUCUCGCAAGGCUGUCAAACGGUCUUCAACGGGGGAGCCCAAACAAUCUAUUAGUAGAAACAGCCCCCCAAAGAAAGCGAGGACCUCACCGAAGGCAGCGAAGCCCUCCAAGACUAGCUCCCCCUCCAAAAAGAGCAAAACUCCGGCACGUGUGGUUGCCAGUAAGCUGAAAGGGCGGGCUAAGGCCAGUUCCACUAAGAAGAAACCUAAUCAAGUUAAACGCCCGCAACGACCUGCCCGAAAAACUCCCAGUCGAGGCAAAAGGGAGACAGUGAAGAAGACCAAGAAAGUGACAAGUGCCAAGGGAGCUACCAAGAAGGGGAAGACAGUGGCCAAGGCAAAAGGAGCGUCUGUCUCGAAGACGGUGAAAAAGCGUGGGAAAACAUCAACGGAGACCAAGAAAGCGAGUAGCGUGAAGGAGACAAAAGGGAAAGGAAAGAAGGCAGUGAUACACCCCAACAGCAGAUUGACGCCGAACCUGAACAUCAAAGUAGUGGAUAAGGAUCCUAUGUUUGAAGUCAAGAAUGAGACAGAGAUUCCCAAGGUGUCAGAUUACGUCAACUGUAAACGCUCCAUCCGUGCCGUCUUGACCAAGGACAACGCCCUCUUGAAGAAAUUGAUCAAUAACACCAAGGAGAUCCCUUCCUUGUUUGUUAUGAGAAGCGUGUGUCUGAAGGAAGACGCCUUGGACUACGCCCUCAAGACGGAGAACACCAAUGCCCUGAAGCUGCUCAUCAAAGAAGAUUGCGCUUCCAAAGAACGCAAAGAAAUGCCAGUUGGUAUGAUGAAACACCAAGGAACAGGAAGAUACAACUACCGAACGUUUGGUCAUGCUGUGCGUGAAAUCAACAUGAGUAGAGGUGGCAGAGAGGGUAACAACGCCUUCACCAAGGAUCUUGAAAUUUAUCCGGGGUUUUUUAUGUAUGAGGACCGAUACGAAAAGGCUGUCCGGCGAGGAAUGUCGCCAGACACGCUCAAACUGCUUUGCAGUUUGUAUAUUGCAGAAAAAAACCCAAUCGAGUAUGAAAUGACUAGCGUCCUUCAUCAUGCCGUGAGGGCAGGCCACUAUGUACUGGCGGGCGAGUUGAUCAAGCAAGCAACUUCUGCUGGAGGGUAUGGUUUCAACAAGCUUCACCAAGAAGUUUUGCUGGCCACUAAGCCACAGCAGCUGAGUCCAUUCCGAGCUGUGUCAGUGAAUAAGAAAGCCACUGAAAAUGACAAGAUCACGCCUCUCCACUGUGCAGCCAUCAACCCCAAUCCCAAGAUCCUAGGCAAGCUGUUGUCUCUCGCGCCAAACAUGUAUGAACCAGACAAUGUUGGGUUCAUGCCAAUCCACUAUGCCGCGGCUUGCGAGGGCAGUGGUCCUCUGGAACUGCUGCUCAACAGAGGAGCCAAAGCUGAAGAAUUUCAGCCCAAGACGAUGGUUACCCCACUCAUGAUAGCAGCGAAGUAUGGUCGAGAGCAAAAUAUCGAAAUACUCAUCAAGAAUAUAAAGUCUGCUGCUGCCUUUUCCGAGAAUGAACAAAGCAAGACGGUAGUGGACCGAAAGGAUAAAAAAGGACAUUCUGCAAUUCAUUUUGCUGCAGAGGGGGGUCACGUGGAUUGUGUCCGGAGCUUGGUGAAGCACGGUGCUGACGUAGAAGCAAUGGAGUCUGCGGUCAACAAUAAGCUGACACCGCUCAUGGUUGCUGCUGAGAGAGGACACUUCAAACUGGUUAAAGUCCUCAUUGACGAGUUGGGAGCAGUUAUUGAGAAACGAGAUAAGAUCAAGCGCACCUCUCUGAUGCUGGCCUGCAUGAACGGUCAAUACCCAGUCGCUACUCUACUCCUGAGGAAAGGAGCUGAUCCUAACGCCAAGGACUCCUCAGGAAACUCUCCAGUCCACUAUGCUGCUGCUUAUGGCUGGUGGCACUGCCUCAAACUACUCCUCCAAGCUGGUGGGGAUCCAAACACCUUCAACGACUGGAAGGUCCCCCCACUGGGCGUUGCUUAUCUGAAGGGCCAUUUUGGAUGCGCGGACCUUCUGCUCAAACAGCCGGUCGUGGAUGUUAACUUCAGAGACGAAAAUGGCGCCACCCUACUGCUGAAAACGUGCGAACAAAACAUGACUGCAAGCACAAUGGAGCAGUUGAAAUACUUGGUCAAGAAAGGGGCUGACGUCCUUGCACAGACCAUCAAUGACCAAAAUGCACUCCAUGUCAUUGCAUUACACAACCAGCAGUCUGAAGACCAGAUUAAGCCCAAUCCUUUGGAGUCAUCCCUCAAAGUAAUUGAGAUGUUUAUGGACAAAGGCUGCGACCCUGGGCAGAAAGACAAUAAUGGAAAAACUCCCAUUAGUAUAGCCCUCCAAAACGGUCACCCGGAAUACCUGAAGACAUUCCUGGUCAAGGGGCAAAUGGUGUCCCUAGAUGCAGACAAGAGCGAGAAGAACCCGCUACACCACAUGGCCGAAAUCUGCAGUAGUUCGCAGGUUGCCAUCAUCAAGAUUCUUGCCGGCAUGGACAAGACCGGAAAUCUAGAGGAAGCUGCUAAGAUGGAGGAUAAGCAGGGAUGCACACCAUUCCUCAGAUGCAUCUUAAAUCACGCGCAUCACAUCUCGGAUGAACACGUGUUUGCCAUGUUAAAGGCUUUGAUCGACCUCUGUAAGUCUGACAUCAAUGCCUGCGUGGAUAAGGGUCCAGAAACUGCUCCCCACCGCCAUGCAUGCUCGUGUGCUCUACACAUUCUUGCUGCAUAUCCACCAAGCAAGGCCUUGUCGCUGAUCAUGGAGUUGAAACCCGAACUGGAUGUGCUGAAUGUUGAUGGAUACACCCCACUGCUGUUGGCCAUCAACGCAAGACAAACUCAAACUAUUCAAACAUUGCUAUCUGAGGGAGCAGACCCGAACACUGGUGACAAGUUUCAACAUCAUGCUCUGCUGAUGGCUGUGCGCAAAAACCUACCAGACAUCAUUCCAGACCUCAUCGCCGAAGGUGCCAGUCUCGAUCACUCCUUAUUCAAGAACGGGCAGCCAAGCAUUAUGCACUACGCCCCUGCCUACAUCGGGGAUCUCGAGGCCAAAGUUCGCACUGUAGAAAAGCUAGUUGCGGCGGGAGCUUCUCUGGACGCCGUUGACGAUGAGAACAGGACCGUUUUGCACAACGCAGUUAACGCAAUCCAAUCCCACCUGACGACAGAAUUGUUGGAGUUCCUAUUAGACCAAAAUGUGGACAUCUUCCCCGUAGACAACUUUGGCAGGCUGCCAAUCCACUAUGCGUUGUACAAAUACAACCCUUUCGGAGACGACAGUCCGCUCCGUGGUGGUCAGUUCAACAACACCACCGACCUAGAUCCCAUUGAGAUUGUGAGCAUGCUGGCUGCCGCAAUGAACGGUAAAAAGAUGAACGUACAAGACAAGUAUGGCCGCACGCCGCUACAUUAUGCGGCCUACCGAGGGGCCAUGAUCUGUGCUAUGCACAUCUGUGAGUGGAUAGACGACAUCGAUGUUGAAGAUAAGGAUGGACACACACCGCUAUCCUUGGCUGUCCUUAAUGGAAAACAAAGCAUGGCUAUUUGGUUAAUCCAACGCGGUGCCAAUUUCAACCGAGAACUGACGCUGGUUGGGCUGGAAGCCAGUCCUAAAGAUGACGCAAAGCGUGCAGCGUCUGCCUCAGACCCAUCCCAAUCUUCGUCCCCAUCCACGACCCCGCCCAAGUACUGGACAUGGAAAGCCGUGGCAGAUCGUACUACCCCCAAGCCGCAGGCGAAGACCACCAUCUUCCAGGCCGUGGUGUAUGAGGAGUGGCAGGGAGCUGUUUACGUCAUGAUGGAUCGGAUCACCAACUUUGGCAUUUCCUACCCAGAUGCCAUCGAGGCUGUUCUCACACAGCAAAACUUCCAGUUGGCUAAUGAAUUUAUUCGCAAGCUGCGUGAGCCACGCAAGUUGCAGACCACCAACAGCAAGUCUCAGAACCUACUCCAUCUUCUGGCCAUCCAUGCAGAGGGCGGGUCCAGCCUGCAGGCUCGGAUCGCCACAGCUUUACUACGCAAAGGCGUCAAGCUGUUUGUACCAGACUACAAGGGCUGCACACCGGUGCACUAUGCCGCAGUCAACAAGAACGCCGUGCUGUGUGAUGUCUUUGCCGAGCAAGAUCCUGUAAGUUUCCAAAGCUGUAUCACAUGUGCUGAUAAAAGAGGCAGGGUGCCAAUCGUGUCUCUAUUCUGGGGUCUAUCUUACAGUGACAACACCAGUCAAAUUAUUCAACUGAUCAAAAAGCAUAAGGGAAGCCUGGAUGUCUGCGCCGCCUUCCCCAAUGUCAACCUUCUCUGUAAGGAGAAACUAACCCGCUCAGAAUCCCUGCAAGAUUGGUACCACAAUCUACCGGAUGACAAGACGACCGACGUCACGCCGCUCAUCUUCACGAUCCUCAUGAAUAACUUCGAGGGUUGCAAACUCCUGCUACAGAAGGGGGCCAGUCCCAAUGCUGCAGACAGGGAUGGAAUGACGCCUGUCAUGCACGCCGUCAAACAGAAUGAGCUCGCCCUUGUGAGUGCGUUACUGAACCCCAGUUUUGAACCUGAGAAGGUAGGAAUGAAAAAAGUCAGUGGCAGUGAAGUGCAAAUGUCACCCUGGACGUCUAACAUCUGGAGAGAGAAAAAAUCCGGCUCCUAUUCCAGUACAACAAGAAUUGCUAUUGGAGAAGGUUACGUGGUGCAUGAAGAUGAAGAUCAAACGGCCAAGCCUAAAUCGUCUGCAGGGACGCAGCCUAAGCCUUCCAUUGAGGUAGACUUGAAUGCCACCGACUCGUUCGGUCGGACUGCAGUUCACCACUUGAUGAAGACUUGCGACUUUGGCACCUAUGAGAACGAGGAGAUCUUGAAAAAGUUAGCCGGUAAACGAGCCAAGUUGGUCCUGCAGGAUCGUCGAGGCAAGACACCACUCGACUACACAAUGGAGACUGGAUCCAAACGAAUGGCAACUGCACUGCAGGGAUUACUCAAGGUGGCCCCACGACAGCGGGUCUACCCUCGUCCUGUGAUCCCAGGCUGGUCCGACGGUCUCCAAUUCCCCCCCACCAAGCCCGAUGUGGACAACGAUUCUAAGGCGAUGGUGGCACUUCUCGAGGCAGAGCGUAGCAAGACAUGCCAGGAGGAGGACUUCACACCCAAAGUAGAUGAGCAGUCCGGAAUGCAGACUGGAGGGGUUGUGGUAAUGGACGACGAGCAGAAUAUUGGGUAUGACAUAAUCAUGACAAAAGUUCAAGUAGAGUAUGGACGUUACGGUUUGAACAACUUCUACAGAAUGCAGGUGAUCCAUCAGUUGGGCAAGGACAUGUUCGUGUUAUUCACCCGCUGGGGUCGUAUCGGCGAUACUGGACAGUUCCAAAAGACACCGUUUGGUACCAAGGAAGACGCCAUCGCUGAAUUCAAGAAGAUCUUCAAAGCAAAGAGUGGAAACGAGUGGGCAAAUGCCAAAAGCUUUGUGAAGAAACCGGGCAAGUACUUGUUGGUUCAGAUGGACCCAUGGAGAGCAAAAAGGAAUGAUGCACUGAAAGAUUUCCAGUUUGAUUUGGACUCGCCGGUGCCAUCUAAAUUGCCGGAAGAUAUACAGCAUGUCCUUCAUGAGCUGACAAAGCCGCAGACCUUGAAAAGUGCUUUAGAGGGCACAAAAGUCGACACCUCUGUCAUGAACUUCAGUCACCUGUCAAGAGACGUGCUGCAAAAGGCCAACGAUGUCUUGGACAAAAUCAGUGAAGUGAUCGAAAAGGUGAACUGCUUACCUGGAGGAGAUAUCAAGGAAAUACUAGCCUUGCGUGAAGAAAUUUACGCCCUGAGCAACGAGUACUACUAUCUCAUUCCUCACGAGAACUUUGCACAUGACAUGAUGUGUCCUGUAGACAACGCCAGGGAUCUGAACAGCCAGAAAAGCAAACUCUACAGCCUCAUGGAAAUAGAGAUGAUAAACCGAAUCCUCUUGGGGGCAACACUUAGAAAGAAAGAGAUGAAUCCCCUGGACUACAUUUAUCGUGCCUUAGACUGCAAACUGAAACUCAUGGACAAAAAUGACGAAGAAACACAGCAUGUGCUCCAGUAUAUCCAUCAGUCUAGUAAUGACCACCCUCCCAAAGUGGAGGCGAUCUUUCGGCUGUCCCGUGAGGGCGAGGAGGAGCGACUGCAGUCCUGCGGCUUGGACAAUCACAAGCUUCUCUGGCACGGGAGCAGGACUGUUAACCUGCUCAGCAUCCUGAAGAAAGGCCUGAAGAUAUCCCCCAUCGAGGCACAGUUGACAGGAGGGUUUGGAGAGGGGAUCUACACAUCAGAUGCAUUUUGCAAGAGCCUUGCUUACUGUAGAAGUUGGGAAGAUUGUCAGCCUUCCCACUUCAUGCUAUUGUGUGAGGUUGCACUUGGCAAAACAGCAGACCAAAACGUCCGUGACUCGGAAGAAAAGAAGAAAUUUAACAGCACAUUCGUCACCGGCCGAAACCGGUCUAACGGCAAGCGCGAACUGUUUCUUCCUUCAGGUGUGUCGUUGCCCCUCGGUUGGAUUACUUCCGACUCGGGCUACUGUUACACUGAUUACAACGAGUACGUGGCCUACACUGAAGAACAAGUGUGCCUCCGCUAUCUUGUGCACAUGGCUUAAUAACAGUUGGUGGAAAGCCAUUAAAUUUUGAUCUACUCAUAUCGAGGACGAUGCAUUUAUACUCUGAUCUGUCCGAGAUUUCAUCUACGACAUUGUGUCCAAAUCCUGCUGAAUAGAAUCUAAUUUCAUCAUUAAACAUCACUAAUUAUAAAGAGAUAUAUUUGUAUUGCAGUCAUUUAUGAUGACGUUAAUAUAUCUUUCUUGGCCAAAGCAAUCUUUCAUCUGUUUUUCUUUUUCAAUACACAAUGUCCAAUCAUGUUGCAAUUUCCACAGAUUUAAAGUAGUGGGGUCAAUCUUAUUACAUCCAAUUAAAAGUUAUAUAACGUAUAUAUUGAUAGAUAAUACUGGUCCUUACUUUUCGGUGGACCCUCUUUCAUGCGCGCGUUUCCGCGCGUGGCAGGUUGGAUGAGUUUUUGUACCACUUACCAUACCUUCUCCAGUAACCUCUUGCAUAAGAGAAAGAUAAAUUUAAAAAUAAUUAAUUGACUACAAAAUGUUUAACUGUAUUUCAGGUUUCACUUUGCAAAACGUCCUUGUUAAGGAAAAUUACAAAACAGGUGUUUUACCAGUGCCAUUUUUACAGGUUGGAAUUGCCACCAUGCACGUUUCCUCGAUAUCGAGUGCGCUCUUAGAAUAACUCUUGAUUUAUUACAUAGUACGUUGAUGUUAUAUGUGGUAGUUAUUAUUGGUUACAUUAGUUAAACUCUGAUUCGACAUUUUUAAAAGCUUUUACUUUUUAAAAGAUGUCUAUUUCAGUUAGCGUGACAUUCAAAUAAAGUUGCUAACUAGUUUUUCUAUGUAUGAAUUUCAUUUUCACAGUUUGAAUCGUUUCAAUAAUGUUUUUCGGAAGGUCUCAGCUGAGGUAGAUUUAGUUUGCUAAGGGAAAGUAAAAUCUAAGAAGUAAAGUGCUGAUGAUUAAAUGUAGCUAAGAGAGAUUUAGUUGGAAAUGUUCAGCUUUUCAUCAGAGGUUUUACGCUUUAUAUUAGCACACAAAAUAGAUUACAAGAAUCUUUCGGGUAUCAGUGAAUUUGUGAUUGACUUUAAUUAUAGUUUCGUGAAUAUAUUUAAAACAGUGAAUGAAUCAAUUCAUUACAUAUUACAUUACGUAUUACAAGUAUUAUGAAUUGCUCAAGCUGGAAUUUUAAACAGGACUUAAAAGUAAAAAAGAAUAGUAAAACAGAAAAGUAAAUUGUAUUUUGUCAUUUUCAUAAUUUUGUGACACUACCAUUUAAAACGCUGCUAUGUUUUUUUUGGCAUGCCUUUUUAAUUCUUUGUGUAGCUGACACUAUCACUGUUUACGAAUGUGAUAAAGUUCAAUAAUUACAAUUUAUUUUAUUUGCUGUAGGCGUUGUGACAUACUAAAGUAUAGUAACAUCUGUUGGUCAAAAAUUGAAAACAUAGUUUAAGAGUAAAAAAAUAAAUUGAGAAAUAUAAAUUUUGUAAAAAACUUACAUUGAUCGAGUAUUUUGCUGAGAAUUGAAAUCUUUCUUUAAUAAAAGUGAUGGUUUAUGGCCCAUUUACAGUAAGGUUUCAAGCCACAAAUAUAAUAAUUUGUUGAAGCCAGCAUACGGUUUGGGAGUUUUAGCACUUCGUUCCUCUGUGUAUGUAGUUAGCAAAGGUCUGAUCAACUUCCCCGUCUACUACAGUUACUCUUUUGUAGUAUACGGUCUUAGUUUAGUGAAGGAAUAAUUAAAAACAAUUAUUUUGUCCAUGGUGAUGUUUCUAUGAUUACGAAGUUAAUGCUACCAUAGUGAACAUUACACUGAAAUAAAUUUUAUCCUUAGGAUUAAUAGCGAAACACCCUGAAGUAUGUUAACUAUAUAUCCCAAAUGAAUACUUGUGACCUAGACUGAAAGAUUGUGUAAUUGGGCUUUGUCAAAAUUUAUCUAAUAAACUUCAAUAAACAUUGUCAUUAUUGGUUAA